GGGAAGACAGAGCAUUUGUUUUUUUUUAUUUUCGAUGACUUAUCGAUGAUCUUAGCGCCAACUGCACCGCUUCGGCUUAGGAGUUAAGUGGAACUUAAUAAUUUAAGUUGACUGCACCGCAGUUUAAGUGCCACUUAAACCAGUUUAAGUGGCACUUAGCUUAAGCCGUACCCGUGGUUCGGCUUAGCCAUAAGUGGGACCUAUACGCAAGCGUCGCGGGUUGGUUGACGGGUUACAAAUACAUACAUAACCAAAAACAGAUUGUUGAAUUCACGUUUUGGUUCAUUAUUGUUCGGCGGAUAUUUAAUAAGGUAAAUCAUGGCGUUCUUUAUGAAUUCUUUGAUAUGGGACGAUGACGACGAUAUACAUGAAUUGGAGAUAAUUGAAUUUGGCGUGCCAAGGCGGAUUAAUAAUCGUGCAAAUCAUUUUCAUGAUUUGGUUGAUCUCAUUUUUUUUUAAAUUUCGACUAACCAAGGAGACUGUAAUGGUUCUAUUGCCGUUAAUUGAAGGACUGCUGGAGUUUCCGAUUGAGACAAAUCAAUGUAUAUCUCCAAUUUCGCAAUUAUUAACUGCUUUGCGGUACUAUGCUACGGGUAGCCAUUUGGACAGCAUUGCAGAUUACAUGGGGAUGCAUUCGACAACUGCUGUUAGAAUUAUUCCUAAGGUUUCAAGAGCUAUUGCCAGCUUGUACAGCAGGUUUGUUAAAUUGCCAGUUACUGAAGACGAAAGGUCGAAAGCAAUGCGUAAUUUUUACGAUAUUGCACGAUUUCCACAUGUGAUUGGAGCAAUUGAUUGUACACAUGUGAAAAUAGUUUCUCCAGGAGGCACUGAUGCAGAGGUAUUUCGUAACCGAAAGAGUUAUUUUUCAAUAAAUGUGCAAGGUAUUUGCGAUGCAAAUAUGAAAUUUAUAAAUGUUGUUGCACGUUGGCCUGGAUCAAGCCAUGAUGCAACAAUAUUUAAUAUGAGCAAUAUGCCCACAUAUUUUGAGGAUAAUCGAUUCCCAAAUUCCAUUUUACUAGGUGAUAGUGGUUACCCAUGCCGUAAUUAUUUAUUGACCCCACUUCCAAAUCCGCGGACUGAGGCAGAGCAGUUAUACAAUCAGU